AUGAGCACAAUUGAGGAAGGAGAAUCUAGUCGUUUCCGCAACCAGGACAAUCUCCUAGCCAGACACAUAUUCUCUAAGUAUAACCCAUUGUCACGUAGCGAACCCAUCGCCCCUAAGCAUUGCAUCUUCAGGCUUCCUCAGAGGUUCAUGAAAAUCAACGAUGUGCCGCUCAAGCCCCAGGUGGUCGCCAUCGGACCUUACUGCAGCGAGAGAUAUGGGCAGCUCCAGAAGAUGGAGGAUGUCAAGAUGCAGUGCCUCUACUACUUUCUCAACGUUACCCAGGCAGACUUGGUGGAGUGCUUGAGACAAAUACGUCCACAUGAGGAGGAAAUAAUCGGGUGUUAUUCAGAAAUCAACAACCACAAUACCGAUGAGCUGCUUCAAAUGAUGAUUGUUGAUGGUUUUUUUAUAUUAUACGUGCUUCUCUACCAUGAGAAAUUUGUACACUUGGACGACAACCCUCUCUACCGGCUGGAGAGGGUAAUAUUACCGAAAAUCUACACGGACUUGCUUCUGCUUGAGAAUCAGAUCCCUUUUUGGGUUCUGGACAAGUUAUAUGAAAUUUGCAAUUUUAAUACUUCUAUUUCUAUGUCCUUGUCCGAUCUCAUCACAGGAGCUAUUUCGGCAAUGCUGCAGAUUCCAUCCUCCAUAAACAAGCCUCCGCAAAAAUGCUUGCAUUUGCUUCACUUUGUUCGGUCAAUAUGUAUCUCAAGCGAUCAUCAUAAUGAGUACGGGGAGAGAUACUACGUACCAUUCAGUCGAAUUCCCUGUGUCACAAAGCUCCGCGGUGUGGGGAUUAAGGUCAAUCGGCAUAAGGAGGACAAUUUGUUGGGGGUGAAAUUAAAUGGUGGUGUGAUUGAGAUGCCCAAAUUAACUCUCAACAACGCAAUGUGCUCAUUUUUAGUGAAUUGCGUGGCAUUCGAGCAGUGCCACAACUGUUCCAUGCACUUCUCAAUUUACGCCACUUUCUUGGAAGGCCUUGUCAACACCGUGCAGGAUGCCGAGUACCUUUCUGACCAUCGCGUCAUUGAGAAUUUCUUUGGGACCAACGCGGAGGUUGUGCGCUUCAUCAAGGACUUGGGCAAGGACUUGAAUAUACAUUUAGCUGAAGAAGAAUUUUAUUUGUUUGAGCUCUUCGAAGAUGUAGCCAAGUACUAUCAGAAAAGGCUUCAUUGGGCCAAUUGGCAGUGGACCAACUUCAAGCGCGAGUAUUUUGGUAAGCCAUGGUUGUUGAUUUCUGCAUUUGUUGGGAUUUUAUUCUUUAUCCUUACAUUUUUGCAGACCUACUAUACCAUCUAUGCUUACAAGCAUCCCCCUCGAUCCGGCGGAAUUAAUUAG